CAAUAAAAAAAAAAGAAAAGAAAAAAGAAGGGCAGCUGAAAUUCAAUUAGCUCAAUACAAGUCAGUUGAACAGCAGUGAAUCGGAAUCGAGAGACGGAGCCAGGAAAAGCGGGGGAGGGGGUUGAAGAGCACGAAAAGAAAGCUGGAAACAGGGGGAUAAGCACGCAGAGAGGAGGGGAGAGAAAGAGUGAAGUGACAUCACAUUUCUCAGCUCCUCAUUCCUCUCCUCCUCUGUGGCACCUUUGCUCCACUUCUCGCCGAGGAGGCGCGCGCACAGUUCGCUAUUUAUCCUCCUCCGUCGCUCGUAGAAAAAAAAAAAAAGGGGGCUGGACUGAAGGAAAGGAAAAGAAGGAAAAGCUCGCAAAAACUGAAACCAUGAACAACACUUUCCUAAACAUGGCGUCGAUAGGCGACUUCGACCCGCUGAACCCUUCUAUUCCUGCCACCAAAGUUGAAAUCACGGUGUCCUGCAGAAACCUGCUGGACAUGGACACCUUCUCCAAAUCAGACCCAAUUUGUGUUCUCUACACACAAGGCAUGGGCAACAAGGAAUGGAGAGAGUUUGGGAGAACGGAGGUGAUUGACAACACGCUAAACCCAGACUUCGUGAGGAAAUUCAUGCUGGACUACUUCUUUGAAGAGCGACAGAAUCUCAGAUUUGACUUGUACGAUGUUGACUCAAAGAGUGCCAACCUGCAGAAACACGACUUCCUGGGCCAGACCUACUGCACCCUGGGAGAGGUGGUUGGAUCGCUGGGCAGUCGCUUGGAAAAACCUCUUGGAGGCAUUCAAGGGAAGAAGUGCGGGACCAUUAUCGUGAAAGCCGAGGAGUUGAACAACUGCAGGGAAUCGGUGAUGAUGCAGUUCUGUGGGACCAAGUUGGACAAAAAAGAUUUCUUUGGCAAGUCGGACCCUUUCCUGGUUUUCUACAGGAGCAACGAAGACAGCACGUUUACCAUCUGCCACAAGACCGAGGUGGUGAAGAACACGCUGAACCCCGUGUGGCAAGCCUUUAAGAUCCCCGUGAGAGCUCUCUGCAACGGGGAUUAUGACAGAACAAUCAAGGUCGAGGUUUACGACUGGGACCGAGACGGCAGCCAUGACUAUAUCGGAGAGUUCAGCACCAGCUACAGAGAGCUCUCUAUAGGACAGAGCCAGUUCAAUGUCUAUGAGGUGGUAAAUGCCAAGAAAAAAGGAAAGAAGAAAAACUACAAAAACUCUGGAACGGUAACGCUGCUGUCCUUCCUUGUGGACGUCGAAGUCACCUUCCUGGACUACAUCAAAGGAGGGACCCAGAUCAACUUCACGGUGGCCAUUGAUUUCACAGCGUCCAACGGAAACCCAGCCCAGCCCACCUCUCUCCACUACAUGAGCCCCUACCAGCUGAACGCCUAUGCCAUGGCCCUGAAGGCGGUCGGCGAGAUCAUUCAGGACUACGACAGCGACAAGAUGUUUCCCGCACUGGGCUUUGGAGCCAAGCUGCCACCGGACGGACGGGUGUCCCAUGAGUUUGCCCUGAACGGUAACCCUCAGAACCCGUACUGCGCGGGCAUUGAGGGCGUAAUGGAGGCCUACUACCAGAGUCUGAAGUCCGUCCAGCUCUACGGUCCCACCAACUUCUCCCCCGUCAUCAACCACGUCGCCAGAUACGCUGCUUCUGUGAAGGACGGUUCUCAGUACUUUGUGCUGCUCAUCAUCACCGACGGCGUUAUCUCGGACAUGGCCCAAACAAAGGAGUCGAUUGUCAAUGCUGCAUGUCUCCCAAUGUCAAUUAUCAUUGUGGGAGUCGGUCCAGCAGAAUUUGAUGCCAUGGUGGAGUUGGAUGGCGAUGAAGUCAGAAUCUCAUCCAGGGGAAGAUUUGCAGAGAGAGACAUUGUUCAGUUUGUUCCAUUCAGAGACUACAUAGACAGAAGCGGGAACCACAUUCUGAGCAUGGCCCGGCUCGCCAAAGACGUCCUGGCCGAGAUCCCGGACCAGUUCCUCUCCUACAUGCGGACCCGGGGAAUAAAGCCUUCGCCGGCUCCGCCUCCCUACACGCCCCCGGGGCAGCCCGUCCAAACCCAGAUAUAAGGAGCAAGCCGUAGAGUCAAAAGUCUUACAGUCAGGUGUUCUCUGAACUUAACGCGCAAAAUACUUCCGUCUCCUUAAAGCCGCUCUCCAUGCUUUGCCGUCAUGGAUGACGGGGGAGGGGUGUGUGUUUUUUCUCGCGGUCAGGAAGCUGCACGUCAGGCCGGGAAAGAGGUGCUUUAGAAGGAAAACGCAGCAAGAGUCUGUUUACUUCCACUAUUGAGCAUUCCUGUAAUUGUCUGGAUUUUGAUAGGAUGUUUAUUGUUUUUCUUCUGUUGUGUACGUGUGGGUGCGAGCGCGAGUGAAACCUUGAAAAGCUUCGGAGAGAGCCGACAGAUUCAAACUGUGCGGAGAAAAGAGAAGCAAAAACAUGAAGGAGUUAUUGAUCUGGAUUUUAGCUUGGAAAAAAUGUGAAGAGAAUGUUUCCAGACAAAGAAAGAAAAAUGACUUAAUUUUCUGUAAAAAAAGAAAAAAAGAAAAAAAAAAGGAAAUGUGUAUCUUCUCUUUUCUCUCUCAAACUCAUUGUUUACAGUAACUGCUAGCAAGGAUUUUUACUGUUGAUACUUUUAUAUACAUACAGUUUCACCAUGAAGGUUGUAAUACUUUCUCUUCUCCUGGCUUUACGUCAGGUAGCUGCAGUGCAGGUCCUGGUAGCCCUUCUGUACCGUACCGUGCUGUACUGUACUGGACUGUAUUCUGGUGUUUGUAUUAACCUUUUGCAUGCGUGUAGCCUCAGUCAAGUGCAUGCAGACAGUGACCCUGCACUACCUCUUUUCUCCAUACAUGUGUUUGUGGGAGGCAAAUUCCUGUGUCUCACUUAAUUUCUCUUCCUUUGUGCCUCUCACUCUUUUAGUAGCUGUGUUUCCAUCCAACUUGUGCUUAUUUGAUAUUAUGAUUUUUAUUGCAUUUCUCUAAUUUUCAAAGUUCAAAGGAAGGUUCAAAAGGUUUGUUUUUAUCCUGGAAAGUUUUGUGCAUGACUUUUUAACCCAUUCAUCGCACACUUUUUGAAUACAACUCAAAGAUGUUUGAAAUAUAAUCCCAUCGCCAACCAUUUGAUUAAAAAGUCAAACGAAUCAGUUGUGUUUUGUGCUAACAAAAUGCUAACCUUCCAUAAUAUUAGAAAUUUACCACAACAUCAUAAUGCUAGCUUUUCUAUUUAAUGUUAGCAUUAAAAUGCUUACGACGUAUAUUCAUGCAGGUAAACGGAUAUAGCCAGAUAGCCUCCAACAUUAGCUGAUUGUUUUGAGCUAGCCUACCGUCCGCAGCCAAACUGAACUGGACUGCUAGCAUGUUGUUGAUUCUUAAGUUGGUCGUAUACAUUAA